AUGUCCAGAGAACCCAUCGUGCUUGACGUGGGCGGCACGCUCUUCAAGACGUCGAGAACGACACUGCUCUCGGCGGUGGGCUCGUGCUUCGACAACAUCUCGUCCGGCGCCUGGCGGCCCGAGAGCGAUGGUACCUACUUUUUGGACGCGGAUCCGACGUACUUUGGCCGUGUGCUCAACCACCUCCGCUGCGAAGCAUCGCUGCACGCAGGCUUGCAGCCAUGGGAAGUGACGGAAGUCGACCGACUCCGCACAUCACUGGGUCUCGACAGUGCUGGGGCGACGCCCACGCCCACAUGGGACCAUCCCACUUGCGGCGCGGGUCUUCGGGUGUCGGCCAUGCAGAUUUCGACCCACGGUGAUCGUACGUCAAUGGGCUUUGCACGAACGAGUCGCCCCUUCGACCAGUUUUGCGUGCGUUUGACAGCACGCGGCGGCGGGAGUGACGUGGCCCUCGGCUUUGGAGCGAUCUACCCAUUUGGUCUCGGCCGUAUUGCGAUACAGUACUGCAUGUUUGCGACGUGCAUUGACGUUCUGCGCAUCAAUCGAAGAAAGACGACACCCCUCGGUAUAAGUCAUGAUGUCACCAUCCCGGACAAGGACAUCUUUCCGCCCGACGUCGAUCUUCUCGUGACGUGGCACCGCCAGAGUCAUACACUGACGAUCACAUGCGAAGCUGCAGCCGUCAACUUUUCCAAAGCAUUUCCCCAUGGCUACGGAUACGCGCUGUAUCCAGUCGUAGGGCUCUUGCCUGGAAGCAGCUCGUUUGCAGGCUGCAUAUAUGAGCACUCCAUGGUGUGGCCGCACCAAAAGAGCCUCGACAUUCAGGCUCGCUUGGUGCCAAUGCUGGCGUCCCUCCCGUAA